AUGAUAGGAACCAUCUUUCUUCUCUUCUUCUCUAUUUCAAGUUCUUCAUACACUUAUGCUUCUCUUACACUGUGUCGUCCAGACCAAAGGGACGCACUUCUCGAGUUCAAGAGUGAGUUUAAUGAUGAGGGAAUUCAGGGUGCUUGGACCUCGUUCUGUGUCACCUCUUCUCCCAAAAGAAAAUCAUGGGAAAACAAUACCGAUUGUUGUUAUUGGGACGGUAUCACAUGUGAUGCUAACUCAGGUGUGGUGAUUGGGGUAGACCUUAGUUCCAGCUGCCUCCAUGGCCAUUUCAAACCCAAUAGCAGUCUUUUCAGACUGCAAUAUCUCCGGAGUCUGAACCUUGCUUACAAUGAUUUCAAUGCCUCUUCAAUCCCAACUAGGAUCAAUGAACUCAUGGGCUUACAAAGACUUAACCUUUCCUACACUUCAUUUUCUGGUGAAAUUCCAACAGAGAUUCUUCACCUAACCAAGUUGGUCUCCCUCGAUCUUUCUUCUAUUUUUAUGUAUUCUCAGACUCUCUCAUCCCCUGGAAAACCCUUUCUUUCUCAACUUGCACAGAACUUAACAAACCUUAGACAACUUGAUCUGAGCCAUGUAAACCUUUCCUCAGAAAUGCCUCAGAUGAUGAUCUCAAACCUGACCUCUCUAAGAUCAAUCCGCCUUCAUGGUUGCAACUUAUUUGGUCGAUUUCCACGGCUGAGUCCUACUAUUCGAUCCAUUGAUUUGAGUGUCAAUCCACACCUAGAAUCCUCUCUCCCAGAAUUCAAUGGAAGUAACUCUCUUGUAUAUUUGGACGUCACUGAUACAUCUCUUUCAGGGAGCAUUCCAGAGUACUCUAUCAGCAACCUCAAACACUUGAAGGUUUUGAGUUUUUCCGACUGCAAAUUCACAGGGAAGAUUCCGUCUUCAAUUGGAAACCUUUCUCAUCUCAACAUUCUUGACUUUGGUUAUAAUAACCUUGCUGGUGAAAUUCCCACUGCGCUAUUCAAUCUUACAAAGUUAUCAUCCUUAUCACUCGCCUCCAAUCACUUCACAGGCACGCUUCCUCACAACAUCAAUUCACUCUCCAACUUGAAUAUCUUUAACGCGGCCUCAAACUCUUUCUUCGGAACAGUCCCUUCUACUUUCUUCAACAUUCCUUGUCUGGAGAGUCUUGAUUUGGGUGAUAACCAUUUCAGUGGCCCUCUUGAGAUUGGGAAUAUAUCUUCAAUGUCUAAGCUACAAAGCUUAGUUCUUUCAAAAAACAAUCUCACAGGACCAAUCCCUACAUCCAUAUCCAAAUUAGUCAACCUUGUGUAUCUUGAUCUUUCCUAUCUCAACACCCGAGGCCCACUUGACGUUGGUAUCUUCUGGCAUCUCAAGUCGCUCCAACAACUUACUCUAUCCCACAUAAAUACCACCAUUGCUAGGAUUGAUUUGAAUGCAGUUUUAUCCUUGCCUCUCAAGUCGUUGUCUAUCUUGGAUCUCUCAGGCAGUCACGUUUCAGUAGAAAACAUGAGUAGUUCAGUUUCCACCCUUUCAUCGCAGUUGAUAUAUUUGUUCUUGUCUGGCUGCGGUAUCACAGUGUUCCCAGAGUUCAUAAGCUCCCUACAAUAUAUCUCUAUGAUAGACCUUUCUAACAACAGCAUUAAAGGUCAAGUGCCCGCAUGGUUAUGGAGACUACCAGAAUUACAUUAUGCUGAACUUUCCUACAACGCAAUCAACGGUUUCAAAGAAUUCCCAAAAGAUGUCUCAAGAACGAUGAUGAGUUCACUAUUUCUGAACAAAAACAACUUGUCUAGAGAGAACCCCAGAGCAAUAUGUGACAUGGCCUCUCUAAGUGUCGUUGAUUUAUCAAACAACAACUUCAGCGGAUCUGUUCCACAAUGCCUCAGCAAUCUCAUCAAGAGGGGUCGCUAACAAUCACCUCACUGGAAAACUACCAGACGUAUAUCUCAACGACUGCAACCUAAGGUCACUCAAUGUUGGUCACAACCAAUUGGCGGGGAAACUUCCAAGAUCUCUGUCGGGU